AUGCCGGCGUAUUCACUAGAUAGUCAAGAGAAAGAUGGACUUUAUCCCAAUCUUCCAUCCGCUCCGCCUGAUAACCCUCCCCCCUACUCUGCCGCCCCUAGUAAAGAAGAGGUGGAGGAGGAACUCCGUAAAAUUGAGGAUGAAAUCGCCACCCUUCGCGUCGUACUCGCCUCCAAACUAGAGAGGUCAGCUGCUCUGAAGCGCCAGCUUGGAAUCUACGGCAUUGACGUCGCGAAAGACGACAUGAAACGUGUCGCAAAUACAAUUACACAGUCAAAGCCCAGUCAAACCCAGGCCUACAAAUCGGUAAACAACGGUGUCAAUUCUCUCUUCAAAUCUAUCAAAAUAAUGCCCACUGGUCAGUUUUUCGUGGUUCUUCUUAUACUGUCUAAAGUGCUCUGCCAGCCCUUAAAUGUUUUUCUUGUUCUUCUUAGCCUUGAAAUCCUCGUGGUUGACGAAACGUAUGCAGGCUAUUAUACUUGUGAUUGCCAGUAUACUGGCUCAGUUGAACCAGCUAGAGCUGAACGUAUCUUGCGCGUUGUAGCCCAAGCAAAGGUCCUACCAUUUAAGUCCUCAUACACCACUACUGUCACAGAAGGCGACCGAAUGACGCUUUACUGUGAAGCAUUUGGAAUACCUCAGCCAGUUGUCUACUGGAGCAGAACAGGUGGAUCAAGCAGUCUAAUCCGUGAUUAUGGCAUCAGCAAACCGGGAGAAGUUAUUGAGUUCAGUUCAGUAUUACCUGAAGACGCUGGAGAAUACAUGUGCAUAGUGGAGAAUCGACUAGGCAUCGACUACUGGCCGGUUAAGGUCUCAGUUCGACACAAACCCCAGUUAAAGAUUUACGCAACCGUACCAAUUCCACAGUUGCCAUGCAACAUUCACCUCUACUGUGAGGUCUCCGCAUCCCCUGCACCGGAGGAAAGCGAAAUUUUCUGGAACGUAGGAACUCCUUCCAGAAGGAUCACAUCGACUAGCAGAAUGAAUUUGGUCUAUCUGAACGGGGGGAACACGCGCUUUCUUGCCGUAGCCUUCAACCCAAUUAUUUCCUCCGACUUGAACCAGAAGUACACAUGUACGGCCUCCAACAGCCUUGGAACAGUGAACCAGGAAUUCGUUCUAAAUGCUAUGGAAUCUCAAGAGAAACCCUGUGGUCUUGAGUCGCUGAGUUCAACUUCGGGCCCAAGAGAUUUUUCUACGUUUUACAACAGUGCGCAGUUGGCGAAUCUCUCCUAUGAUAGUAACUGUGUACCAUACUUUGUGAACAUUCGACCUUCCAGGUCUGCAGCAGUCUGCCGUGUCUACUUUGCUAGUUUUCCGCCACCCUAUGGGAAUGUAAACCUUUUUUACGCCGACAUCGACGUAUCGGAGACUGCAGAUCCCUCCCAGGCGCUAGCUUUUCACUACCUCAUCCCAAGGCACACUUUCCUUGGGUUAACGCUGAAUUGCAAGGCCUCUCUGGCCGAAAGCCUGUUGCGCGAGCGCAUGCGAGCGGGCUGCUUCGGCGUCUCCGACAUCAAGGCCGAUCCCGUCUCCGGGGCCAUUCUCGUGAUGCUGUCCGGUAGAUUGGUCCACUUCUUCGAUCACAACUGGCCCCCUGCACUGGCUCCCUCUCCAACUAACAACGAUGCUGAAACUGCGCAAACCCAACUCACCGUGUUGUCUACCGGGGAGUCGUGUAUCCAACCGGCCAUUUGUCCCGCCAACCCCAAUCUGGUUGCAUUUAUCAACGGCCAAAACAUCUGCGUCGCGAAUGCCAUUACCUCAGCUGUCGUCAAUUUAACCAACGUCACCGAUCCACUGGGUACUACUCUUGAUUCCUCUCUAGUCUUUGCUGGGUCUCCAGCCUACGUCAUUCAGGAGGAGUUUGACCGCUACGUGGGCUUCUGGUGGCGUCCGUGUAGGCAAUCCCAGGGGGACGACUGCUACACGCUUGUUUAUGAGGAGACGGAUGAAACCGGCGUUGAGGUAGUUUACCUUCCCAAUCACGGAAGCUGGAGCCAGCAGAUGGAGCCUCAUGCCUAUCCCAAGCCUGGUACCGUUAAGCCAAUUUCUUCACCUGGCUACUUAAAUUCACUUAGUACAGCUUUCUGGAUCCAGUUAUCUAAUCGACUGCAGUCAAAAAUGUCGCUCUUCUUGAUACCUCCCGACUCCUUUAUCGAUCGGUCCGCCGGCCAAAUCGCCUGGAAGCCGUUUGUGCGACUCCACGAUGAGGAAGACGCCACGUAUUGGGUUGAGGUGCUUAACACGUUGUUUUUUGUUCGCGUGGAUAUUUGCUUUAUCGUAUUUUCACGAAUUUCAUAUACCCACAACUGCCUCCACCUGCUCCCCUCGCCGACUCCCGACCAAGUCGCCUUCAUUUGGCUGAGUCGACGCACUGGCUUCUCCCAUCUCUACGAGCACGUGUGUUGUUUGCCGCCGCCAGCCCCCGUCCACGUCGACGUGUCCGCGGACGAGGCGGUGCCGACUGCCGAUUGCGCCUUGGCCGCGGUGUCCACUCGCAGUCGCCAGCUAACCUUCGGCGAUUGGGAGGUCCUGGGCGACCACAUUUUUGUUGACGAACGUAAUAAGUUGGUGCUGUUCGAAGGCCUACGCGAACACCCUCUUUGGACAAAUGUCUACGCAGUCAGUUAUGCAGUGGACGCGCCCGAGGUGUAUCGCUUAUCCAUGGAUGAUGAUCUCGUCGACGGCCGCCUCUCGCAUUCCAUCGUCACCUUCGACCCAGAAUCGGGUCUGUGCGUUCUGGAGUCCUCGAACCCGGUCCUCCUCGUGGGACACACCCUCUUCCGUCUCGCUGCGGGAAAGAACCAACCGGCUUCUCUCAAACUGUUGGCUUUCUUGAAGAAGCAUGCCCCGGUGACGUCCAUUCUUCCAACCAUCCUCACAGAGCCAUCGCCUCCGUCGUUCCUCUCAUUCACAUUCCUGGAUCCGCACGAUGCCGAGUCUAGCCCCGCUCAGCCUCUCACGUUCUACGGGAUGCUCUUCACUCCUCCAAUCGCGACUCGACCUUCCAACGGCUUCCCCACCAUCCACCUCGUCUACGGAGGACCCGGGGUGCAGUUCGUGCGGGGAGCGUGCUUUCGUAAUCUGAUUCUCCGCGCCCAAAUCUACUGUCACUACGGCUACGCCCUGCUUCUGUGCGACUGCCGCGGCUCGGCCAAUCGCGGGGCCAAGUUUGCCGGCCACCUCAAGUACAAAAUGGGAACAGUUGAGUUGUCCGACCACGUGAUGUUUCUACGCCAGGCCGCCGCCAAAACAGGACUAAUCGACCUCAAUCGUGUUGCCGUAUACGGCAGCUCGUACGGCGGCUACCUGUCCCUGAUGGCGGCGGCCAAGCACAGGGACACGUACAGGGCAGCGAUCGCCGCGUGCCCCGUUGUAAGCUGGGAGCAGUACGACACGGCCUACACCGAGCGCUACCUCGGUCUGCCCUCCCAACACCCGGAUGCCUACACAUGUGGGGAUGUGAUGUCGUAUGUCAACGAAUUUCCCAAUUUCUCGCCUUACUUGCUGAUUGCUCAUGGAGGCCUGGAUGAAAACGUCCACUUCUCCCACACCGCUUCGCUCCUCCAGCGUCUCAACUACCUCGGAAAGCCCUAUGAGUUAUCUUUUUACCCCGACUCGCGGCAUCGAAUUCGCGAGGACGACCACUUGAUGGCCACCAUCUUGACCUUCCUCGAUCGAACCAUCGGACCCGAACAAACAAACCAACCCGCACACACCUCCUGA